UGUCAAAGUCCAUGUUCCUGUACCGCCUCUAAAUAUUCUCUAAAGAACUCUGCCUCUAAAAGUGAAACUCUUUCUGAAACCCCAACACCAGUUUUAAUGAGCAGCUGGAAAACAUGAAGAUUAAAAAGAAAGUGAGAUUUAUAAUUCCACACAACAACAAUUGCUGACUAAAGUGCUGAGGAUUUUCCCAAAGUGAAAAAAACAUGAAACUUUUGUCGAAAUUCAGUUUAUAAUCAACACAAAACAACGACUGCUGAGUAAAGUGACAAUGGAUCACGCUAAUCCUGAACAAGCUGCUGGAUCUCUGCAGUUCAAAAAGAAUGAAACCAAGGAAAAGAUAUCAGACUCUUCAGGACCCAGCAGUUCCUCCAUGAACAGAGAUGUGUUUAUAGAACCUCCAGGAAAUCCCUCAUCUACACACAGUGCAACAGAAAUAAAGAGAUCAGACUCACCAGUACCCAGCUGUGUGUCCAUGAAGAGUGAUGAGUCUAUGGGUUUACCACAAGAAUUUAAAGAGAAGAGAGAAUCCACACCAGAACGUGUCCUGCAGGGAGCAAGAGAGAAAAUACAACAGAUCAUAAUCACAGAUACAGGGUGUACGUCUGUAAGCACUGAACCUCAUCUUCAGGAGAGAUGCAAAUUAAAUCUAAUAAAGAAGUUUCAGCAUGUAAAUGAGGUGAUAACAAACCAGGGAAACCCAACACUUCUGCAUGAGAUCUACACAGAGCUCUACAUCACAGAAGGAGACAGUGGAAAAGUCAAUAAUGAACAUGAGGUGAGACAGAUCGAGGCAGCAUCCAGGAGAGCAGCAACAGAGGAAACACCAAUCAAAUGCAAUGACAUCUUUAAGCCCUUAUCUGAAGAAGACAAACCCAUCAGGAGUGUUCUGACAAAGGGAGUCGCUGGCAUUGGAAAAACAGUCUCUGUGCAGAAAUUCAUUCUAGACUGGGCUGAAGGGAAAACAAAUCAGGAUGUUCAUCUCAUAUUUCCACUUCCUUUCAGAGAGCUCAAUUUAAUGAAGGAUCGAAACCUGAGUCUGAUGGAGCUUCUUCAUUUCUUUUAUAAGGAGAUAAAAGAAACAAACAUUUCCAGCUUGGACAAAGUUCUGUUCAUUUUUGAUGGUUUGGAUGAGUGUCGUUUCCCUCUGGAUUUCCAGAACACAGUGAGGUUGUGUGAUGUAACUGAAUCAGCAUCAGUGCAUGUGCUGCUGAUAAACCUGAUCAAAGGGAAUCUGCUUCCCUCUGCUCUCAUCUGGAUCACCUCCCGACCAGCAGCAGCUGAUCAAAUCCCCUCUGAGUGGGUCCAUCGACUCACAGAGGUACGAGGGUUCAGUGACCCACAGAAGGAGGAAUAUUUCAGGAAGAGGAUCAGUGAUCAGAACCUGAGCAACAGAAUCAUCACACACCUGAAGUCAUUAAGAAGCCUCUACAUAAUGUGCCACAUCCCAGUCUUCUGCUGGAUUUCAGCCACUGUUCUAGAGAGAAUGUUUUGUGAAGCAGAGAGUGGAGAGAUCCCCAAGACUCUGACUCAAAUGUACACACACUUCCUCAUCAUUCAGACAAACUUCCUAAAGGAGAAGUACGAGAGCAGAGAGACAGAAAUAAUUCUGAAACUGGGUAAACUGGCUUUUCAGCAGCUGAUGAAUGGCAACCUGAUCUUCUAUGAGGAAGACCUGAUGAAGUGUGGCAUUGAUGUGACAGAAGCAUCAGUGUAUUCAGGUGUGUGUACACAGAUCUUCAGAGAGGAGUUUGGGCUUCACCAGAGUAAAGUGUACUGCUUUGUUCAUCUGAGCAUUCAGGAACACCUCGCAGCUCUAUAUGUGCACCUGACAUUCAUGAAUGAAAAGAGAAAUGUUCUUCAGCAGAGUCUGUUGUCUAAAAUGUUGCUGAAUCUAAGAGAAAUUACAAUCUCAGAUGUCCACAAGAGUGCUGCAGAUCAGGCUUUACAGAGUGAAAAUGGACAUCUGGAUCUUUUCCUUCGCUUUCUUCUGGGUCUCUCACUGGAGUCUAAUCAGAUCCUCUUACAAACUAUAGUGACACAGACAGGAAGUAGCUCCCACAGUAACCAGGAAACAGUUCAUUACAUCAAGAAGAAGAUCAGAGAGAAUCCCUCAGCAGAGAAAUCCAUCAAUCUGUUCCACUGUCUGUAUGAACUGGAUGAUCAAUCUCUAGUUGAGGAAGUCCAACACUACCUGCAAUCUGGAAAUUUUAAACAAAUCAAUCUUACCUCUUCUCAGUGGUCAGCUGUGGUGUUUGUGUUACUGACAUCAAUGCAGGAACAGGAUGUGUUUGUCCUUAAUAAAUAUACCAACAAACACUGUACAUCAGACGAGGUUCUUCUGAAGCUCCUGCCUGUGGUUGCAGCAUCCAGAAAAGCUCAGUUUAAUAAAUGUGGCCUGAAAGAGAGAAGUUGUGAUGAGUUGGCCUCAGUACUUGGCUCAGAAUCAUGCAGUCUGAGAGAACUGGAUCUGUCUGAGAAUAAAUUCAGAGACUCAGGAGUGAAGUGUCUCUCUGUUGGACUGGAGAAUCCUCACUGUAAACUGGAGACACUGAGGUUGUGUGAUUGUGAUUUCUCAGAUGAAGGGUGUGCUGCUCUGACUUCAGCUCUGAGAUCAAACCCCUCACACCUGAGAGAACUGGAUCUGUCUGAGAAUAAAAUCAGUGACUCAGGAGUGAAGUGUCUCUCUGCUGUACUGGAGAAUCCUCACUGUAAACUGGAGACACUGAGGUUGUGUAGUUGUGGUGUCUCAGUUGAAGGCUGUGCUGCUCUGAAUUCAGCUCUGAGAUCAAACCCCUCACACCUGAGAGAACUGGAUAUGUCUUGGAAUGACCUCAGAGACUCAGGAGUGAAGCGUCUCUCUGCUGUACUGGAGAAUCCUCACUGUAAACUGGAGACACUGAGGUUGUGUGAUUGUGAUAUCUCAGAUGAAGGCUGUGCUGCUCUGAAUUCAGCUCUGAGAUCAAACCCCUCACACCUGAGAGAACUGGAUCUGACUGGGAAUAAACUCAGAGACUCAGGAGUGAAGCGUCUCUCUGCUGUACUGGAGAAUCCUCACUGUAAACUGGAGAAACUGAGGUUGUGUAGUUGUGAUAUCUCAGAUGAAGGCUGUGCUGCUCUGACUUCAGCUCUGAGAUCAAACCCCUCACACCUGAGAGAACUGGAUCUGUCCUGGAAUGAACUCAGAGACUCGGGAGUGAAGCGUCUCUCAGCUGUACUGGAGAAUCCUCACUGUAAACUGGAGACACUGAGGUUGUGUGGUUGUGAUAUCUCAGAUGAAGGCUGUGCUGCUCUGACUUCAGCUCUGAGAUCAAACCCCUCACACCUGAGAGAACUGGAUCUGUCUUGGAAUGAACUCAGAGACUUGGGAGUGAAGCGUCUCUCUGCUGGACUAGAGAAUCCUCGCUGUAAACUGGAGACACUGAAGUUAAGUCAUUGUGAUAUCUCAGAUGAAGGCUGUGCUGCUCUGACUUCAGCUCUAAGAUCAAACCCCUCCCACCUGAGAAAACUGGAUCUGUCUAGGAAUAAACUCAGAGACUCAGGAGUGAAGUGUCUCUCUGCUGUACUGGAGAAUCCUCACUGUAAAUUGGAGACACUGAGGUUGCGUGAUUGUGAUAUCUCAAAUGAAGGCUGUGCUGCUCUGACUUCAGCUCUGAGAUCAAACCCCUCACACCUGAGAAAACUGGAUCUGACUGAGAAUAAUCUCAGAGACUCAGAAAAGAAGCAGCUCUUCAAUCUUAAACUACAGGAUUUGAGGUUAUGAAGAAUUUUCAUCUGAUGGAAAUAUCUUCCAGAGAAGAUAUUUUUAAUGAAAUGUGCUUGAUUCACAGUGGUAUUUCCUGAACAUUUUUUUUUUUUUAUCUCACACUGAGAAAUAAUCUGAAUUAAAUGUAACACAUUUCCACAAAGUGUAAGCACAGACAGUGUGUCUAAGAUCUAAAGAACCUGUGAUUGCUUGGUGUGAUUCUUCAUCAUCAUAGGACUUUACAGAGUGGUGUUGCAGCACUACUAUAAGGAAUAAUCACUUACUGAAGAUCGAUUCUUUAUUUUUAUUAUUACACAAUUCCACUGUUAUACCCUACAGAAUCCAGACAUCAUGGCAGAACUCAGGUUCUGGUUAAGGUUCUAGUUGCUCUGGUCUACACUCCAGCCCAUGUCUUCCACCACCCCACCACUCAAUCACAUCAUCUGGUUGGAAGACUCUAAAAUCACCAUGGCUAAAAUCACCAUGGCCUCCACAUGCUAUUGCUGCUCUGUGUUCUCUUUCCUGUAAACACUGCUUUGUUUUGGUUUUGUAACAUUCUGAAGAUAUCUAAUUGCUGUGACUGUUCAUUUGUUAUAACAUUCAUCAGCUUUGGUGGAAAGCACGAGUCUGGCGAGUUAACUGGAGUUUUCAGAUCUUUUAAGUGGUCUUGUGCUGUUGUAACCCAACCACCUCAAGGAUUUUCUUUGUUUUUCAGCAACAUUCUGUAAAACUCUAGAGACUGUUGCGUGUGAAAAGUCCAGGAGAUCAGCAGUUUCUGAAAUUCUCAAAUCGGCCCAUCUGGUACUAACAUCCAUGCCAUGGUUAAGUUGCAGAGAUUACACUUUUUCCUUUUUCUGAUGCUUGAUGUGAACAUUAACUGAAGCUCUUGACCUGUAUCUGCAUGAGUGUUUUCUUUUGUUGUUGUUGUUUUUUUGUUUUGUUUUUUGCAUUGCGCUGCUGAAUACAGUACAAAUAAUGUGUACAGUGUAUAUGUAAAGACUGUAUAUGUGAUUUAGAGCAAAGCAGGUUGAUAUGUGGCAUGUUUGCUACAAAGCUAAAUGGCCGACUGAUUAACAGAGAUAGGACAUUAACUCAUGAGCAAGACCUAAGUUUUGUUCAAUUAAAAAAAGUUACAUUUUAUUAAUGCAUUUUACACGUUUUUAAAUUAAUCUGUAUACAUGUAGGUUUCAUUAAAUUCAUUUUCAUUUAUAUAAUAUAUAGAAAAUUGCAUAAUUGUAUGUAACCUUAUCACCAGAAACCAAAAAUGAACAUUUUUCCUCCUGUUUUGGAGGUGUCCAAGUUAAAUGAAAUGUAUUUGUGGUAACAGACUGCCCCCUAGUGGUGAAUGGCUCAUAUGAAAUUAGACAAUUAGCCCUAAUGUUCUGUUCUGGUUAAAAUAACACAUUUAUAUUUUACCAAUGCUGUAAAUGAUUUUCCUUCAUUUAUUUCCUCCGCUCAAUUUC